CUCUCCUCCGAACUACCCUCUCUGAUUCCCAUCCCCUCGCGCAGAUCGGCCUCUAAACCGCCAUGUUCUUCCGAACGGUGUCUGGUUUCGGUCUCUAGUUGAUAUCUGGAAUUCUAUGUUGAUGAGUGGAGUUUAAGGUUUUGAAACGGCAUGUCGACUUCGGCGGCGGCGGCGCUGUCGUCGUCUUCCUCGAAGAUUUGCUACAACGCGGAGUGUACGGAGUUGAAAUCAGAGAGGCCGAGGAAAGGGUGGUGGCUGAGCACUGGAGAGUUUGCUGAGCUCUGUGAUCGAUGCGGCUCUUGUGACUUUAGCAUUGCUUAUGAGGAGGGAAGAUUUUGUGAUGCUUUCCACUCUAAUGCUCCUGGUUGGAGCAGUUGCAAAUCUUGUGGGAAGCGGGUUCAUUGUGGAUGUAUAGUUUCAGCCCAUGCAUUUACAUUACUGGAUCCAGGAGGGAUCGAAUGUGUAGCAUGUGCAGGAAAAAAUGUUGUUCUGGGGCAAAAUGUUCCAUGGUCUGGUCCUUUGGUUUUUCAAUCAUCUGUCAAAAGUUGGAGCCAUUUAGCAGGAUCUGGUCCUGUAUCUUGGCAACAAGCGCCCACAUUGUUCAACUCUUCUGCUUCUCAACCUGAGUUCCAUCCUAGGGUACCCUAUGAAGUUGACUCGUCCACUGGAAUUGAAAGACUAGGUGCCAGUGAAAAGCCAUUUUUCCCUUCUCCAGAGAAGAGGAAAAUAGAGAGCUUUCCUAAAAGACGAAUGAAUGGAAGCUUGAAAUUUGGGACACGGGAUAUACAUGAGAAUGUACAUCCAGGAAUUAAUGGUGAGGAAGAACCUUGGUCAUGUUCAAAUAAACCUCAGCAGCCUUCCCUUCUAAAGCAGGAUCAAUCUAAUCCACAGUUUGGUCUCGCUUCAACUCAUACAUCCCAAGAUGAAACAAAUAGCCAACAAGGGGUUGCUAGCAAUCUUUUUCAAUCGAGUCUACAACCUCCUCUUGCAAAGCAAUUUCAUGGUAGCCAACAAAAUGGACUUGACUUCUUGAAUGAAACGCAGAUCCACUAUGGAAGGCUUCGACCGGAAGCACUUGGAAGGAAUCAGUUAUUUUCUCAGUUUUGGCCAAGGUUUACGGAUCAAGACCUACAGCAGAUAACUGGGGAUUCAAAUUCCAUAAUUACUCCUUUGUUUGAGAAAAUGUUGAGUGCAAGUGAUGCUGGACGAAGUGGGCGUUUGGUUCUGCCAAAGAAAUGUGCAGAGGCUUACUUCCCUCCAAUAUCUCAGCCUGAAGGUUUACCUCUUGAAGUCCAGGAUGCAAAGGGCAAGGAAUGGACAUUUCAGUUCCGGUUCUGGCCCAACAAUAAUAGCAGAAUGUAUGUUUUAGAGGGUGUUACUCCUUGCAUUCAAAACAUGCAAUUGCAAGCAGGUGAUGUAGUAACAUUUAGUCGGUUAGAGCCAGGAGGAAAAUUGUUUAUGGGAUACAGAAAGGCUUCAACUGCUCCAGCAUCUGAUCAGGAUAAUGAAGGAAGGGCUGCCAAUGGUGUUUCUGUAGUUGUAAAAGUUGACUUGGCAGAUCCUACCUCAUGGUCAAAAGUUGAUAAAGCAAAAGACGCAUUGGAAGCCAAACCUAUGAUUUCUAGAAAGAGAAAGAAUAGCAUGCUAGUUUCAAAGAGUAAGCACGUAAAAAUUGAUAAUGGGGAUCUGAUAAAGCUCAAAAUAACAUGGGAAGAUGCCCAAGGACUGCUCCGCCCACCUCCCAAUCAUAUUCCCAGUAUUGUUGUUAUUGAAGGCUUUGAGUUUGAAGAAUACAAGGAUGCACCAAUACUUGGGAAGCCGAAAAUACUUGUGACAGAUAAUGCAGGUGAGAAAUUUCAAUGGGUUGAGUGUGAAGAUUGUUUUAAGUGGCGCAAGUUGCCUGCUAGCACUCUUCUACCAUCCAGGUGGACUUGUUCAAGUAAUUCAUGGGACCCAUCAAGAUCUUCUUGUUCAGCAGCUGAGGAAUUGUCAGCAGAACAGCUUGAAGAUUUGCUGCUGCAAAGUAAUUCAGCUGCUUCUGAGAAGAUGAAGGCUGCUAAACGGGAACCAGAGAGUGUUGCUGCUUCGGAGGGUUUGGAUACUCUUGCUAACCUAGCUAUCUUAGAAGAUGGAGAGGCUCUCCCAGCAUCAUCACAGGCUACCACAAGGCACCCCCGGCAUAGACCUGGCUGCUCGUGCAUUGUGUGCAUUCAGCCCCCAAGUGGGAAGGGCCCCAAACACAAGCAGACAUGUACUUGCAAUGUCUGCCAGACAGUGAAGCGCCGUUUCCACACCCUGAUGUUGCGGCGAGAGAAGAAACAAUCACAAAAGGAAUCAGAAACUGAACGCAAGAAGCAUCAACCACCACUGCCAGAGAAAUUAUUAGAUGAUGAUUGCCUGACUUCUAGCAAUGCAGGAAAUAGCAAUCCAAACCCAAAGAGGGUAGUCAGUAAGAGUUCUGAUGAUGAUCCUAGCAAGACAAAAUCCUCAUCAACACCUUUCAAGGGUCAAAUCGACCUGAAUAUCCAGCCAGAGAAGGAAGAAGAGCCAUCUCUUUCUGAUUCCAGCAGCAUGAUGAAGUUGCUUCAAGAUGCCACUGAGAGGUACCUCAGGCAGCAAGAGUUACAGAGCUCUGGUGGUACUAGUAAUUCGGGAGUUAGUCAGACACAACCAGAUUGAGGAAUGGAAGGAGAAAAACUCAGUGGAAUUGCCCUUGGAGGCAGUCAUCAAGAUACUGACAACAACUGUCUUCAGCCUUUUCUGUGCAGCUGUCUGGAUCUAUAUCAACCAAUACAUUUAUGAGCCCCUGUUUUGCAGUCCAGUUUGCAGCCUGGACUGCCCUAGAUUGCAAAACAAGACCCUCCCCCAUCCAAUGGUUAGAAUUGUGCAAUCCUGUGCAAUCUAAACUACACAACACUUUUUCCUAGAUCUAUUCUAUGUCAUUAUGGAUUAAAAAGGAGGGGGCUAAAUUGAAGGUGGUAAUAAUUUUGGUCAUAGGUUCUCCACAUUACCAAUGUUUGUUUGCUGGUGUACAUACAGAAGAGGUCUCAGAAAUUUUCUUGACAUUCCAUUAUUCUUCCUCUCUAAAGUAAUAUACAUUGCUGGAUGUAAACUUGGGUAGAACACGUGGAUGGAGUGUUGAAGAAGCCAUGUAGUUUUAUUUACUUUCCAGAGCUUUCUGGCUACCCUUCUCAGAAUCAAUUUAUAGGAAAACAUUUCACCUUUUAUUUAUUUAUUAUU